AUGUUUUUUCAACACAAUUUUAAAUUUAAUAAUAACUUAAUUGAAAAAAAACACUUAAUAUCAUUUUUUGAACAAGACAGUAAAUGUAAUUUAAGAACAGCCCCAAAAUUAACACAUUCUCAUAUUUUUCCUGGACCAUUUGAGAAAAUGAAAGUUUUUUUGGCUGCGCAAGUGUUUAGUCAAAGUGUAGCAGCCGGCAUGGAGACUUACCUUGUUAGUAAUAAAUUGGAGUCUUCUUCAAAGGCAACAAUAGAUUUUAUAGAAAAUAUGGACAAACUUUUUGAUAUCUUCAAUUCUUCAAGAAGGCCAACUUCAAAAAAUUUCAAUAGACCCUUUAAACAAACAAAAGAACAAGAAGACCAUUUAAAAUAUAUGCAUAAUUUUUUUACAAAUUUAAUUAUUAUUAGCAAAAAAGAACAAACUGAUGUUACUAACCGGAUGAAAUUUAUUAAUGGUUGGUUGAUCUCCAUAACUGGCUUGCUGUUACUUUGGAAAGACUUAAAAUCAACAAGACCAUUAAACCAACAAGAAAAUUAUGUUUUAUACACUGCCAGAUUAAACCAGGAUACUAUUGAGAAUCUUUUUUGUACAAUUAGACAACAAAAUGGCAAUAACACUAAUCCAACUCCUUAUCAAUUUUUGUUUGCAUUUAAAAAAAUUUUUUUACUUAAUUAUUUUCAACACUCAGAAAAAGCAAAUUGCAUAAAUGAUUUGGAUGCAAUUUUAACUCAAAUACCCACUGAUUCAGACUUAGACAUUAGCACCCUAUUUGCUGAUAAAACACCCUUUCAAUUUAAAAAAACGUGUCCACUUUCUAUAGGACAUGUUGAUUAUAGAAAUUUAGAAAUUCCUGAACAAAAUGCAUUCAUUUAUGUUUGUGGAUAUAUUAUGAGUAAAUGUCUAACCAAACACUCAUGUGAAAUAUGUUUAGAGUAUGCAAAAACCCAAAAAAAUUUAGAUCCUUCAUUUUUGUUAUGCUUUUUUAAAGCGUAUGAAAAUGCUGAAAAAUCAACUUUUGGAAAUUUAAAUAUGCCCCAUGAAAAUUUUUACAAUUAUGUUUAUAGCUUGGAAUCUGAAUUUAUAAAUAGUUUUCCUAUUUUGUCUGUUGAAAAAGGAAUAGGCGAUAAACUUAAAAUGAGAAUGCUUAAUAUUGAUUAUGAACAUCCAUGUCCCAACUUUGAUAAAGAUUACUUACUGAAGUUUUUUUUGCGUUUUAGAAUUUAUGCUUCAAUUAAAUUUUUAAAUAGACAUUUGGUAUCUGAAAAAAAAAUCAAAAACAGAAAGUUAGCAAUUUUGCAGCAUUUGUAA